UGUCGCUAUCACAGUCAUCGUCUAGACUCGAAACAUGUAAAAGAAUACGAGUCACUCACUCAGUCCUUGGAGGAAGCAGAUGACAGUGGAGGCGUCCCUGGCCGCUGGGGGAUCACGGGUUUUGCAGUCCAGCAGCAGUUCUGGUCCAAGUCCCACCUAGGGCUUAGAAUUUACUUUCAAGUAUUUUUACCAAAGGGGAACAAAGAGAAAAGCAAGCCCAUGUUCUUUUGCAGUAAAUGGAGUAUUGGCAAAGUAGUAGAUUUUGCAGCUUCCUUAGCAAGCCUUAAAAAUGACAACAACAAAUCAACAUCCCAGAAAUUGAGAUUAUGUCAUACUGCCUCUGGAGAAGCCUUGCCAUUUGAGCACGCGUUGGAAACAUGGCUAUCUGAUAAAGACUAUCCAUUGUACAAUGGUGGAAAUAUAAUUUUGGAGUAUCUUGAUAAUGAUGUUCUAUUUAUAGAAGAUACUGAGUCGUACUUUAGUUAA